AAAAUCUACUUUCACUCCAUUUUUUCCCUCCCUGACACAAACCAUAAACCACCUUCACUGCCACCAUGACUAUGCCAACUAACACCCUGAGACACUUACCAGCCACUCACUUGUGGCUCCAUAGACUCAACAAACUUCAAAAGCUCCAUUCUUCAGCCUCUCUUUCUCCUUCUCCCUUCACUCAAGAUCCGCAGCAGCAGCGACAACAAGAAAGAACCCAGAAAACCCAACAAACCCGACUCAGUAACAGUGACAAAAACAUCAAGAAUGAUAUUGUGGAAUCAAUUGGAGUUAACAAUAAUUCUAACUCAUUUUUCCCGAAGAGAGGCCAGACUUUGGAGUUGGUUUGUGAGUCUUUGGCUUUCAAGGGGAAGGGUGUAUGCAAAGUGCCCGAUACUGGGUUCGUUCUCAUGUGUGACCGUGCACUUCCUGGUGAAAGAUUCAUUGGCCGGGUAACACGCAGAAAAGGAAGUUAUGCUGAGGUAACUAAGGUGAAAACGUUAUCCCCUCAUUUGGAUAUUGUAGAUGCCCCUUGUGAGUAUGCUGCAUAUUGUGGGGGUUGUAAAACUCAAAAUCUGGUGUACGAGGCUCAGCUCAAAGCUAAGGAACAGCAAGUCCAUGGGUUGGUGGUAAAUGUUGGGAAAUUUUCAGAUAAAGAUCCAGAAUUUUAUAGCAUUAUGAAGCCCAUUGUUCCCUGUGAUUUUCAAUUCCAUUAUAGAAAUAAGAUGGAGUUCUCAUUUGGUCCUCAAAAAUGGCUACCUAAGGAGUUAAUAGGAGAGAAACAAGAAGGCAGUGAAAGCUAUGCAUUGGGACUGCAUGCUCCAGGCUUUUUUGACAAGGUUCUAAAUGUUGACGGGUGCUUGUUACAAAGUGAGCCUGCUAACACGGUUCUAGCAACUGUCCAAGAUUGUUGGAGGGAUUCAGUGGGCCUUACUCCUUAUAAUGUUUAUUCUCAUGCUGGGUUUCUCAAGCACCUAAUGCUAAGAACUGGAAGGAAUGCUGAGUCUGGUUCGCUUGAGCUCAUGGUUAACUUUGUCACCUCAUCCUACAAGCCAGAGCUGCUGAAGCCCCUAAUGGAAAAGAUUUCAGCUAUCCCAGAAGUGGUAAGCAUCAUGAAUAAUGUAAAUUCCUCUGUUGGCAACACAUCUGUUGGAGAGGAGGAAUACACUUUGUAUGGCAAAUCCACCAUCACAGAGGUCUUACGAGGACUUACCUUUCAAAUUUCAGCCAACUCUUUCUUUCAGACAAAUACACAUCAGGCAGAGGUUCUGUACAAACUUAUUGAAGAUUGUGCUGGUCUCAGAGGAGAUGGAUCAGAAAUUGUUCUUGACCUAUUUUGCGGAACGGGCACCAUUGGUCUGACUCUUGCCAGAGGGGCUAAGCAUGUUUAUGGCUAUGAAGUUGUUCCUCAAGCAAUCUCAGAUGCUUUUAGGAAUGCCGAGCUGAAUGGCAUCACUAAUGCCACAUUUGUGCAAGGGGAUCUUAACAAAAUUGGUGAAAAUUUUGGCAACAAUUUCCCAAAGCCUGAUGUUGUCAUUUCAGAUCCAAAUCGUCCUGGUAUGCACAUGAAGUUGAUUAAAUUUCUGUUAAAGCUUAAGGCUCCUCGUAUUGUUUAUGUAUCAUGUAAUCCAGCCACAUGUGCACGUGACCUCGAUUACCUUUGCCAUGGUGUGAAAGAGCAAAAUAUAAAAGGAUGUUACAAACUAAAAAGCCUACAGCCGGUGGACAUGUUUCCUCACACCCCUCACAUAGAGUGUGUUUGCCUGUUAGAGCUUUGCUGAUCUUCACUUACAACGCAUAUCCAGACCAGUAAGGUUCAAGACGUGAGCUUUUUGACCAAUGCUCUACUCUGAUUUCCGAAAUAGAAGGGUGAUUAUUUUCUUCAGAGAUGAUUGAGUUUCUUUUGCUUCCCAUGUUUAUUUGAAGCUAAUUUUUGGAGCCUCGAGAUGCCUACAGGGAUGAUAGCCAAAGCAGGUCUCAAAAGAAUGCAGCUUAAUUUUACAUUCAAUUAGUAGUUUAAAAGAGAAACUUAAUUGUAGAGUCGAAACAAGUGACAGAUUCUAGCUACAAUUUCAUAUUUUUCUGUAUAGUGAUUUGUGUUCAUUUCCAAAACGGUUAUGAUAAUCUGCAGUUGACAGUGUUUAGAUAUUCUCGAGGGAAGUGGUUGGUAUUUGAAAUUUUCAGGUA